AAUCUAGCUAAAAGGUCCAGAAAAUUAUAAGCUAUUAUAAUUCUCUCUAUGUCCCUAGACAAAUGUUUCCAAGUCCUCAGUUAUGUUGUACUUAUUCUAAUGUAAUUAAUUUGUUUAAAAUUUCAUAAAUGAUUUCUUAACAAAGAAAGUAUAUGUGUAUCGCAGCAAUCUGUCAGGACCUGGGAGCCGCUUCUUCUUCCGCCGGGGCCUGUUCGCCGAAGUUCUGUUGCCGUCAUGUCGGCUGCUAUUGCCUCUCUGGCUGCUUCCUAUGGUUCGGGUUCAGGAUCCGAAUCGGACUCGGACAGUGAGGGUGGACGGUGUCAGCUGCCAGCUGCCGACUCCCUCAUGCACUUGACUAAAUCAGCUUCUGACAAGCCUUCUCUGGUAGUGGCGGUGGACUCGGCUCCAGAGGUGGCAGUUAAGGAAGAUUUGGAGACUGGAGUUCACCUUGACCCUGCUGUCAAAGAGGUUCAGUAUAAUCCUACCUAUGAGACUAUGUUUGCUCCUGAGUUUGGACCAGAAAAUCCCUUUAGGACACAGCAAAUGGCUGCCCCUAGAAAUAUGCUCUCUGGAUAUGCUGAACCAGCUCAUAUCAAUGACUUCAUGUUUGAACAGCAAAGAAGAACUUUUGCCACAUAUGGUUAUGCAUUGGACCCUUCAUUAGAUAAUCAUCAAGUGGCUACUAAGUAUAUUGGUUCUGUAGAAGAAGCUGAAAAAAAUCAAGGUUUAACUGUAUUUGAAACUGGUCAGAAGAAAAUCGAAAAGAGGAAAAAGUUCAAAGAAAAUGACGCAUCUAAUAUUGAUGGUUUCUUGGGACCUUGGGCAAAAUAUGUAGAUGAAAAAGAUGUAGCCAAACCUUCAGAAGAAGAACAAAAAGAAUUGGAUGAAAUUACAGCAAAGAGGCAGAAAAAAGGCAAACAGGAGGAAGAGAAACCUGGGGAGGAAAAGACAAUCUUACAUGUUAAAGAAAUGUAUGACUAUCAAGGCAGGUCCUAUCUCCACAUACCUCAGGAUGUUGGUGUUAAUCUUCGGUCAGCUGUGCCACCUGAGAAGUGUUAUCUUCCCAAAAAACAAAUUCAUGUAUGGUCCGGACAUACCAAGGGUGUCAGUGCAGUCAGAUUGUUUCCUCUCUCUGGCCAUUUAUUGCUGUCUUGUUCCAUGGACUGUAAAAUUAAGCUAUGGGAGGUUUAUGGAGACAGGCGCUGUUUGCGAACAUUUAUUGGUCACGGUAAAGCUGUUAGGGACAUCUGCUUUAAUACUGCAGGAACACAGUUCCUCAGUGCAGCUUAUGACAGGUAUCUUAAGCUCUGGGACACUGAGACAGGACAGUGUAUAUCAAGAUUUACAAACCGAAAAGUACCCUAUUGUGUCAAAUUUAAUCCUGAUGAAGAUAAGCAAAAUCUCUUCGUGGCUGGGAUGUCUGAUAAAAAGAUUGUGCAAUGGGACAUUCGAAGUGGAGAAAUUGUGCAGGAAUAUGAUCGGCAUUUGGGAGCUGUCAACACCAUUGUUUUUGUUGAUGAAAAUAGGAGAUUUGUGAGCACAUCUGACGAUAAGAGCCUAAGAGUUUGGGAAUGGGAUAUCCCUGUGGAUUUCAAGUAUAUCGCAGAACCCAGUAUGCACUCUAUGCCCGCAGUGACCUUGUCUCCAAAUGGGAAAUGGCUAGCAUGCCAGUCAAUGGACAACCAAAUCUUGAUUUUUGGAGCACAGAACAGAUUUAGAUUAAAUAAGAAAAAAAUUUUUAAGGGCCAUAUGGUAGCAGGUUAUGCUUGUCAAGUGGACUUUUCACCAGAUAUGAGCUAUGUGAUUUCAGGAGAUGGAAAUGGAAAAUUAAACAUCUGGGACUGGAAGACCACAAAACUGUACAGUCGGUUUAAAGCUCAUGAAAAAGUGUGUAUAGGUGCUGUGUGGCAUCCUCAUGAAACAUCUAAAGUCAUAACCUGUGGUUGGGAUGGUCUCAUUAAAUUGUGGGAUUAAUGAGAUUAAUCCUUAAACUAUCUAGGAUCAUUUUUGAUCCAGUAUCAUAUUUAAUGAUAUUUAAUUAUUAAAUGUGUUGGAUGGCAACUUAAUUUACAGAUUAUCAUUUCCUUACAUGGCCUUAUAAAGUUGACACCUUGUUUAUAAAAGAAACUUUGUAAAUUUGGCUCAUAUAAUUUCAUUGGCAACUAUUUUGUUCUUUAUGGAUAUUAUUUGUACAGAGAAUGACCAUUGACUUUCUAUUUGACAAGUGGUUACUGUUGGCAGGCAGUCCGGGCUUACCCUCAUGGCAUACUGAAAGGAACCCUUUUGGAGUCAAGAAAGAAUUCUUAGUGGAUUUGGGGUUCUAAAGGAGAUAAUAUAACUAAUGACAAGUAACCAAGAAAAGUACCAUGCAUUUAUUUACCUCUUCAACAAAAAAGAAGUCACAGGAAUUUAAUGUGACUCUGAAAGAAGGGUAACACCACCCACAGUUACUGCUUCCUUUAUUUCCAGUGGGUCAAGUUCUAAUCUUUAGGAUUCAGGAGUUCCACUGUUUUUAUGACACAUGUUGUAUAUUUUUAGUUGUAAGCCAGCAAUCUUCUCAGACUGCAGCAUUCCUCUAACGAUUAAACAAUGUAAAAUACAAAUCAGUCCAGAGUUCUUUCCUUGACUUUCUUCCUGAUCAGUAUAGUCCAGGACUAUUUAUAAUCAGAGAAUUAUGUUAUUUUUGAAGAUGGAACUCAUGAGAAUGAGUCAAGACUUUGAAUUUUAUUUGUAUUUACUGUCAGUAAGGACCUGGCUACACUUUCAGAAAUCAGGGUCUCUUAGGCUGUUGCCUCACAGAUGUUACUGCUGAAAUGCUCCUCAUAGGAGAUGGGGUAUGAGGACAUAGUUCACAAUAUCAACUUGUAAUUUCUUUGAAGUUGUAUGUUUUCUCUUUAAAAUUAUUCUGAUUUGGCUUGUGGAUAUAUUUGACAGAACUUUUUAAGAUUGGGAAAAUUUUAAACUUCUUUCCAAAUCUUUGAGUAAAAUUGACAAUCCAAGAAAAUGACUAGGGUUCCCCAGUUUGAGAAGCAGUGACUGGUUAGUUACAAAAAUAAAUAAAUUAUUUUUUUUUUAACUUCAGAUUGUGAAAUCAAGAUAGCCUCUUGAAUAUAGUAGCUAACAACACUUUAGUUUGACAAGCCAUUUCUCCAGUUUUAUUACAAAUCUGUAUCAGAUGUUUGAAUAUGGUUUGAAAUGUUUCAGUACCAUACCAAAAAGAUUGGUUCAUAGCUACUCAGAGUGCUGAUUUGCAGACCAAAAUCAUGUUGAGUGUUCAUAUCCUAAGCUCUGAGUCCCAUGCAGUUCAUGCUGCAGUCCUUAAGGACAUCUAUUUUAAAAAUUUUAAAAAAAAUUUUUUUUAGAGCCUAGUAUAGAUAACUAGGUGCUAUAGCCACAUAUUAAUAAAUUUCAAAGCAGAAAAUAAAAAAAAAAAAACAGAAUAAAAGUGGUAGAGCUAUAUUUUUGGACACAGAGGCACUCAAAGAAA